UAUUUAAAAAGAUUGAUGUAUCGAAGACACCUAAAGAUGGUUCUUCAUAGGGAUGUAGAAUCUAAUCGUUUCUCAAAGAGUGAAUUUAUGCAUCGUAUUGCUAGUAUUCCUAUGGUUUAUUUAGCUUGGAAUAUUGCAGCCGAAACGUACCAAAAUGUGAAGGCAUGUCAUGUUAUUAUAAAAGUUUCCUUAGACACUACUGAACGUGCAGCAUAUUUUGUCUCAAAACCUGUACUCCAGAAGUUUCAGAAACAACUAAAAGCUGCUGAUCAUAUUGCAUGUAAAGGUUUGGAAACUCUACAAGGAAUAGGCCCAAGUUUUAGUAAUCAACGGAAGAAACUAUGUAGACACACACGCACAAUUUAUGAUGACACUAUUGAAAGUGGCCUUAAGAAAUACGAAGUUGUAAAACACAUUGGAACUUCUAAAGUUGUACAACUAACAGAUCAAGGCACUGAGAAAUUUGUUGAAUUUUUAGCAUCACCUUAUGGUGAAGUUUGUGAGCUUACAUUAGAUCUGCUUUUUGAUGCUGUAGCGUUAUACAUAGAUUGUUACUUACCACCUCUUGGUGAUGAAAGGCCAGAAAAGCUGUUUGGAGACAGAGACAAGCAACUGCCUUGGAAAAGAGCUGAGCUGUUGAAGAAAAGGUUUAAAGAAAGGCUCUAUAAGCAUUCUUUACUGAAAAUUCAAACGUUUCGUUUGAGAACAAAAACUUUCAUUGCAAAAAUAUAUCGUUUUAAUGUGCAUGAAUUUCUUGUAGAAGUAUAUAACACAGUUCCCGUUUUGCUGUUUGCCACAAUAUUUCACUUUUUAUCCAGCAUUGAAGAGUUGUUCAAUUACUUGAUUUCUUUGUUUUCUCCACAUCAAAAAGAUGACAACAUGGUAUAAAUGUUAAAAGCAACACAAAGAAAAUUGUGCUCAUAAUUCAUUCAUUUGAAAACAUGAUGCAAUAUAUAUUUAAAGUCAUUAGUGGAAAACAUUAGCUCAUGUGCAUUUCGAAUAAAUGUAAAACUUCUAACUUAGAUAAUCAUAAAUAUGGUUUGAAAAAAUCCGAUAUUUUAAUAUAUAUUAGAAGUUCUCAUUCAGCAUAAACUAAUAUAUAGUAAAUGCACCCUCAAAUGACUGUUGUUUAUUUUCUUAUAUUAUUGUUACAAUAAUAUGUAUAAUGAAAAUUGACUUUUAUUAUUCAUAGCUAAAUACAGGUAGUUAUCAAAAUAAUGGAAACACCUGUGAAUAAAAGUGGCGUUUUUGAUUGCCCUGCAUAUGUAAUAAAGA